AUGUCCUCACUUCUGGAGAUCAAGAGCAGCGUCCUGAGGCAGGUACAGAACAGACAGUCCCUGCGAGGGAGGAGGGAGCAAGCAGCCCCGGCCAGUGGCCCUGUCACACACAGCCCCGACAGCACAACCCCCAGGGUGGCUGAAGGAAAUGGCGAGUUUUUUGAGCGCAUGAAAAACAUCCUCCAGAAGCAAGAGAACAUGCACCGUGCAGCAUGGGCAGAGAGCCAGGACAAGAGUGGCACUGCCCCACCUCCAGAGACAACUGACGACGUCCGUGUUUCAGAAAGACUGACCAGGAGAGAGCUGGACCUCCUGUAUGAAGAAGCAGUCUACACGGUGGUGAACAGGGCUGGAGUGCCCUCUCCUGAGCUGGUGACUAAUGAAGGAGAGCUCUUCAGAUAUCUCCAGAAGGUGUUUGAUGUGGCACCAGAAGAGCACAACAUUAUUCUGCACAGAGUGCAGGAGUCUAAGAGAGCAAGUUAUUCCCUGAAGGUCUCUGUAGUGGAAGGAAAAAAUCUUCUGGCAAAAGACGCUAAUGGGUACAGUGACCCCUACUGCAUGCUGGGAAUACUCCUGGGUCAGACCCCAAGGGAACUGGAGGAGAGGAAAGAGAGAAGGUUCAGCUUACGUAAGAAGAAGGACAAGGUAGAGAAGCGCUCCAGUGUCCGGGAGGUGUUGGCAGCCAAGAGCAUCCAGGUCACAGAGGUCAAGCCAGAGACCCUCAAUCCAGUGUGGAAUGAGCAUUUUGUUUUUGAGAUUGAUGAUGUCUACAAUGACCUACUCCAUUUGGACAUAUGGGAUCACGAUGAUGACGUCUCUGUGGCUGAGGCCUGCAAAAAGCUCAACGAAGUCAGCGGAUUUAAAGGAAUGGGCAGGUAUUUUAAGCAGAUUGCCAAGUCUGUCCGGGCCAAUGGGGCUGCAUCAUCGGCAGGAGAAGAAAACGUGGAUGAUUUCCUUGGUUGUCUCAACAUCCCCAUUAAUGAGAUCCCGGUGGAUGGCUGUGACAAGUGGUUCAGGCUGGAGCCCCGAUCCAGUGCCUCCAAAGUGCAGGGAGAUUGUCACCUCAUCCUGAAACUCUUCACCACCCAGAGAGACACGACCCUGAGUAAGAGGGACUCACACUUGGCCAUUCAUGAGAAGCUCCUGAGCCAGAUUCUUUAUUAUGAGCACUUCCAAGUUCAGACAGAGGCCUACAACUGGGAAGGGAGACUGAGCCAGCCAGCACGGACAGUGUUGUCCCAUCAUGCCGUGCAGGUUGACCUGUCACCACUUCAGCAAGCCAUCAUACGAUGGAGGUGUUAUAGCAGUCAUCAUCGAUCCCAGCGGAUGUCCUACUCCUUCUUGCUGGGGCUCCUGAAGACCAUUGAGGAGGAGUGGGAUGCCCCCUCUGUACAGGGGGAGCUGGAGACAAGCCUGGCAGACAGUUUCAGCCUCCACACAGAGUACUGCCUCUCUCUGCUGAGGAACAUGCGUCAGGUGUUCCCCUGCUCCAGCCCCGCCGCCGUCACUCGCUGUGAGUUCAUGCUGAGGGGCAUGGGCCAUAUGAGCAACAUGCAGGCCUUUAAGACCGUGUGUCCCUUUCGCAAGGAGCUGCAUCUGGAAAUCACUACCAUAAUAAAGAAGUCUACAGUGGAAUGGUAUGAGGGAACAAUCUCACAUUAUAAACCAGAUGAAGGGAGUCUGGAGGAGCAGCUGAAACGUCUGGUUCUGGUGGUGGAUGCAGUGUGUGCUGAUGUGCAGAGAGGACAGAAUGUCUACAAUAAGCUCUUCUCCAGUUCUGUGAAAGUGGAUUUCUUCAGUGUUUCUUAUCAGCAGCUGGAAAAACUGGUGGCGGGCGACGUGAGUGCGGCCAUGGAGAGGGUGUGUGGGACCUUGGAGCAAGAGGGCUCACGGCUGACCCACACCAUGGGGGAGACCCUUUUUGAGCUUUACAUCUCGCUCAAGACCCUCAAACUCUUCAGGGAGUUCCUGCCUCUCAGGAAUACCAAGACGUUGGCAUUGACAGGAUUUCACGACUGGUUCAAGAUCUUCAUUCAUAAGUGGCUGGAGAUAGUGCAUGAGAAGUCACGUGACCGAAUCCGCAGAGCUGUUGAGGUUGAUCAGCUGGAGCCUGUUCACGACCUGUCCAAGCACAGCACCUCCGCUGUGGAUGUGACCACCUGCUUCGCCCAGGUGCAGGAGUUCUGGGUACAGCUGGCCUGGCCAGACUCCGCAGGGGCCUUCAUCUUUGUGACGCGCCUGACAGAUGAUGUCUGCAGCGCAGCUGUGUUUUACUCUGAGCUCAUCAAGGAGAAGGUCGAGAAGAGUCAGCUUGGACGGGACUCCAAGAGCCUCACCAGCCAGGUGUGCAUUGCUCUGAAUGACAUUGAGCACGUGCGUGUGUUCCUUGGGAACCUUCCCCGGGACCUGGACUGGCGGACCCUGGAGCAAACCAUGGAGGAGUCAUGUGGGCUGGAGGGCAAGGAGCAGGUCAACAAGGCCCUCAAUACCCAGCUCUACAACAUCGACAUGGACCUGCAGAGAGAGGCCAAGCGCAUGAUCAUGUACCUUACUGACAAGAUGAUUUUAGACCUCAAGAAGUACAUCCAGCAUAUCAGUCUCUCCCCAGACUCCAUCCACAAUGAUGAUGCUGUGACCCCUCUGAUGAAGUAUUUAGAUGACACCUUGGUGGUCCUCAGUGAGGCACUUGUGAAAGAGAACCUGGCCAGAUUUCUGCAAGGCCUGUGGCGCCUGCUCCUUAGAAUGAUCUUUGACACAGUGGCUGAGAACAGGGGUGUGUCCCUGGAGUUCUAUGGAAGAUUUCACUUCACUGUGGAGGCCCUGGUGGAGUUCUUCCAUGCUGAGGGGGAGGGGCUAGCACUGGAAGACCUCAGAAAUGAAGACUAUAAGGCCCUGGAGGAGGAGCUGCGGCUGAACAAAUGCUCGUCUAAUGAACUGAUUGAGCAGUACUUCCUGGAGAAGAUCAUACAGCAGAGGACACUGAAGCACAGCAGGUUUGGCCGUAUCAGUGUUAAGUGUUACUACGAGGCUCCUGAACAGAGACUGACUGUGGAGGUUCUGCACGCGGCCGACCUUAUCGCUUUGGACACCAACGGGUUAAGCGACCCCUUCGUCAUCGUGGAGCUCUGCCCCCACCAUCUGUUCCCCACAGCCAAGAGCCAACGCACUCAAGUGAAACCCAAAACCCUGCAUCCUGUGUUUGAUGAGCUUUUCCACUUUUCUGUCACUCCAGAGCAAUACAGGCACAGAUCCGCCUGUGUGACCUUCACUGUGAUGGACUAUGACUGGCUGUCCACCAAUGACUUUGCCGGGGAGGCCGUCGCUCCCCUCAGUGACUUCUGCGGUAUGGAGAAGCCUGGCUCGUAUGGAGGGGGCAAAACUGUGCAGUCACUCCUCCUGUACCUGUCCCGACCAAAACGCAGUGACAAACCCAUAUUGAAGAUGCUGGAAGCGAGGAGCACGGAUAGGGAGGCCCAGGAGUUUGUGCGAAAGCUUAAAGAAAUUGAGAAGUCAAUAGGAGAAGAAGAAUAAAGCAGCCAUACCAUUAUGCGUGUACAAUCUCAUGAUCUCUUGGUUUAUGUGCUUUCUAUUUGUACUAUGUCCACUUUGAAACAAGUACCACUUUUUUUUUUUUUUUUAAA